AUGGACCAAACUAUAGCUCUCUACUUCCUCCCAGCCAUUCUCUUCGCCCUCAUAAUUUCCAAGCUCCUAAUCUCAUCCAAAAACAAACGAAAUGACCAAACUAGCCUCCCACCUAGCCCUCCUUCACUCCCGUUCAUCGGCCACCUCCAUCUCCUCAAGGAACCAAUCCACCGAACUCUACAAACCCUCUCCCACAAGUACGGCCCCAUCUUCUCCCUCACUCUCGGCGUCCGACGCGCCAUCGUCGUGUCAUCCCCAGCUCUAGCCGACGAAUGCCUCAACAAAAACGGCGCCGUCUUCGCCGACCGGCCGCACGGUUUACUCGGCUGGAAAAUCAUCGGCUACAACUGCACCGCCUUGGGACACACGCCGUACGGGCCCCACUGGCGCAACCUCCGCCGCCUCUCCACCGUCGAGCUCCUCUCCACCGCCCGCCUCAACUCCUUCCUCCACGUCCGCCAAGACGAGGUCCAGCGCCUGGUCAACGGGCUGGUCUACACGGGUUCCGGCUUUCGCGAGGUCGAAAUGCGGUCGAGGCUGAUGGGGUUGUCGAUGAACAUCGUGAUGAGGAUGGUCGCCGGAAAGAGAUAUUUUGGGACGGGCGCCGGCGAAGUGGGUCACGAUGACGAAGGGCAGAGGUUCAAGAAGUUGAUAAGGGAGUCGUUUGAUCUGAGCGGCACGACGAAUCCGGUGGAUUUCCUGCCGGUGCUGAGGUGGGUCGAUUUCAGUGGGCUUGAGGGAAGGAUGUGGGCCGCUCACAAAUGGACCGACGAGUUCUUCCAACGUUUGAUUGAGGAGCACCGGAGGAGUUAUGGAGAGAGGGAAGGCAGCAAUGAGAAGACGAUGAUCGAUACUAUGUUGAAUUUGCAGGAAGCUGAACCUCAAGUCUACACCGAUGAGAUCAUCAAAGGCCAGAUUAUGGCGAUUAGACGAUAUUUCAUUGUUGCUCUUGCUGUUGUUUUCCCAUUUCGUCGUAUUGUCGAGGCUAAAAUAGUUGCCCAAGGAAUUCAAUGGUAUGCUUCUACGGCAUGGCCGCCGAAGCCAGGCACCGUGUCCUCUGCGGCCGCUGUUGCUUCACUUCCUGUCGAUCCCGCAGAGACUCGGACUAUUGUCCCUCUCCCUUCUGCUCAGACACAGCUGGUUGUGAGUCAUUCCGGGGAGCUCAAGUUUGUUGAGGUGGGUUCCAUUCACAGUGAUUAUACCCGAGUUGCGGGUACUCUUGUCCGCAAGUCUGACACAAGACACUUGGCCGGCGCAACCGCGCAUUGCUUGUUUGCGAGUGACUUGGACGACCGCAACACCAAGAUCCUUCAACUUGAACACCAACUUAAAGAGGGACAUGAGGGAUCAAAUCAGGAGUUACAGGAGGAACUAAGCAAGGACCACGAGGCCGCUGAUACCAAGAAGGAUGCCGAGUUGGCUGUUGUGCGGGAGGAGCUGAAACAGGCCAAGGAAGAUACUAAGCACUUCUGA